UUAUAAGAACCCACAUGUACGUAAUCUGUGAACGGAUUUGAUUACUUUUAUUGAAGUGUUUGAGAUAGGAAUGCAAAAGCGACAGUCGAAAUCAAAAUUGUAACCUUGUUCGACGAUCCAUUUUCGUGUCCAAAUUAUGUCAUUUAGAUGUUAGUAGCAUGUCUGAUUCCAAAAUUACCGAACAAAAUGAGAAGGUUCAACUCAAACGAGAACUGGGCUUGUUCUCGGCAAUCAACUUCAUCUUGGCCAUCAUGAUAGGUUCUGGGAUCUUCGUAUCCCCUGCAUCGGCUUUGAAAUACUCAGGUUCGGUUGGAAUGUGCAUGGUGGUUUGGGUGUCAUGUGGUUUAAUCUCAUUAUUAGGUGCUUUAGCUUAUUCAGAAUUAGGUACGCUCGUACCUAGAUCCGGAUCAGAAUAUGCAUACUUCAUCGAUUCUUUUGGUCCUCUACACAAGUUUUGGGGACAUUUGCCAGCGUUUAUUUAUUCGUGGAUUAUGAUUUUAGUAAUUAGACCCGCUGAAAUUGCGAUUUUGGUUUUAACUUUUUCACAAUAUUUGUGUCAACCUAUCAUUGAAGCCUUAUGUUUUGUAAAUAAAGAAGAAAUGAGCGACAAUGUAUAUAAAAUCGUUGCCCUGGCUGCCUUAGGAAUAACUACUUACAUAAAUGUAAGUAGUGUGAAACUGUACGUAAAGAUACAAAAUAUAUUUGGCUCCUGCAAAGUUAUCGCUUGCCUUAUUGUGAUAUGUUGCGGAAUUUAUCAAAUAUUUUUAGGAAACAUAAGUAAUUUAACUAAGGGUUUUGAAGGAACAACAACAUCACCGAAAGACUUUGCUUUGGCAUUCUACAGUGGUUUAUGGGCCUAUGAUGGGUGGUCAUCAGUUACAGUUAUUACAGAAGAACUGAAGAAACCUGAAGUCAAUAUUCCAAGAAGCAUUUAUAUAGCUGUUCCUUUGGUAACAAUUUUGUACGUUUUUAUGAAUAUUUCUUAUAUGACUGUAUUAACUCCUAGCGAAAUGAUAAACGCGCAAGCAGUUGCUGUAACAUUCGGCGAAAGAAUUCUUGGAAAGUUUUCCAUCAUCAUACCAAUAGGUGUUGCUCUCAGUACGUUUGGUUGUGCCCUUAGUUUACAAUUUGGAGUAACGAGAUUAUGCUACGUAUCUGGACAAGAUGGGUUUAUGCUCGAGAGUUUAUCAUACGUUCACUACAAAAGACUAACUCCUGCACCAGCUGUUGUUCUACAAGGUUUUAUAUCAUUUUUAUUUAUUUCCACUGGCGAAAUUUUAGAUUUAAUCGAAUUCGCCAGCUUUUUGAUAUGGUUCUUUUAUGGAGUGGCUAUGGUAUCACUAAUCGUUAUGAGGACAACCAUGAAGGAUGCUCGAAGACCUUAUAAAGUGCCGAUUAUAAUACCAGCAUUUAUCUUAUUAGUUUCAUUAUAUUUAAGUAUAAUUCCCAUAGUUUUGGAACCUUCUCCCAAAUACUUGAUGGCACUAGGAUUUAUGCUGAUAGGAGCGUUUGUAUACUAUUGGUGUGUAUACAAAAACAGAAGGCCUUCGACUGUUAUGGAUAAAAUCACCAAAUGGGUUCAACUUCUUUUUUGCGUUGUGCCUCCGGAAUCAGAUUAAAACUUUGAUACAAUAUAUUUAUAAUAAAUAUGCCUUUUAUUUAAUUUUUUAUAAUAAAACUUAACCUAAUUUUAAUUCAUAUCACUGUCAAAAUUACUCCUGCUCUCCUCGUCGGUUCCUAAACCUUCCUCGUUUUCUUCCUUUAUCGCUCGAUUCAUGGACUCGAAGCUGUCAGUGGUGUCUUCGUUAUCACUAUCUACGUCUUUAGACUUGUCGUUUCCCAUAGAAGAUAUGUCUUCACCGUGGGAUAGACAAUAAUUUUCGGCAUCGCGAUAUAUAACCAUUGGAUGCGUCAGAGGAUGGCAGUUGUUGGCAUACAUUUGAGACACGAAGCAAUCUGUACAGAAGUUUGUGAGUUUGGGACACACUAGACACGACCAACGGCUACCAACAAUCGGUUCAGCAGAACAAU